AUGGCGCAGAAACCAAAGGCAUCCUCGCUGAGUGACUCAGAUUUUGUUCCUUCUGAUGGUGAUCAAGAGAAAUCAGCUGAAGGUGAAGAUGUUGAAAAUGAAGGGUCACCAAGGGGCAAUACACCUCCACGUUCUCCAACUCCCGAGGUAGAACUUAAUGAAUCUGUUCCUACUCCUCCUCCUUCUCCAACUCAUACUACAAUGCCAGUUUUUCUUGCUCCAAUUUCACCACCCAUCUCUACUCAACCUGCUUCAACCUCACCACUUCCUCCACCAGUUAGUACUUUCCCAAUCUCAACUGCUCCACUACCACCUCCCACUAUUUUUCAAGUCACAACAACCACUACAACCGAACCUCUGGCUCGUGUCAACGUAUCUGAUAUGGGAGCACCUACCGUUGGCACCGAAACCCCUAUUACCCCCAAACCACUCUCACCAUCUUCUUCAACCGAUUCUGAACCUAUUCUCAGUGGUGAUAACUUUGAUUUUGACUCAACCUACUACAGUCCGUAUCGGCUUCAAAGUGAAGAUGAAGAUGAUGCUCCGGUGGUUAUCAAGGAUUUUCUAGACACAGCUCUUCAACAGUAUAGUGCUUCCAUUGAUAAAUCUAGAAAGGCUAUGGAUGCCUCCACUUCUUCCUGCAAGAAAGCAACAGCAGAUGUGAUAGAACUUAUUCAUGAUUCAAAGGUUUUCUUUGAAUCACUCAAAGGUCACACAAACUCCAAUGCUUCCAAAGUCAAUGCUACUGUCGAUUCGCUCUCAAAGUUGCUUCAAGAGGAGAACACGAAGUUCGACUCUGUUCGUUCUAGAUUCCAAGUUGAUCACACUACUUUUCUUUCUUCGGUUAACACAUGCUUAGAUAAGCUUUAG